AUGACAAACCAUGUGCAAUGAGGAAUUUUAAGCGCAUCAGUGAAGGAAACCAGGCACUGCGUCCAUCCAAUCUUAUAUCAAAUCAUACCAUCCAUCUUUUGGGAGAGUGUCACAUUCUCUGUAUUAAUCAAGACAAUUGCUAUGGUUACAACUACAGAGUGAGACCAAGCAACCUUUAUACAGCAAACUGUCAGUUGAGCAACAGCACGGUGAAGAUGAACAAAACCAAAAUGAAGAAUGGGCCAUGGAUUUUUUACGAAGACGUUUUGGUAACUGAAGAUGUUGACGAGUGUGAGAAAAGAAGUUAUCAGUGUAACCAAAACGCAAAUUGCAGCAACACUCCAGGUUCAUAUAGCUGUCAGUGUCAAAUUGGUUACAAAGGAAAUGGAAAGCAAUGCAAUGAUAUCAAUGAAUGUGCAGAUAGUCCAUGCGCCCACAAUGCAAACUGUACAAACACGGCUGGUUCAUACACUUGUGAAUGUCGAACUGGAUAUGAAGGAAAUGGAAAAAACUGCACAGACGUUGAUGAAUGUGGGAAAGGAACGCCAGAGAUGUGUGACAAAAAUGCAAAUUGCACCAACACUCCAGGUUCAUUCAACUGCCAGUGUCAAAGUGGUUACACAGGAAAUGGAAGCAAAUGCAAAGAUUUUGACGAAUGUAAAAAAAGGACACACAACUGCAGCCAAAAUGAAGUUUGCAGAAACACACAAGGUUCAUACAACUGUCAGCGCCUACUGUCAGCGUCAGAAAUCUUGAAAAAUGAGCCUGGUGACUUUCAACGAAAAUUGAAUGAAUGGUUGCCACAAUCUGACAAGGACUGGAAUGUUUGUUGGCGUGCUUCGAAAGAUAGAUGGGGAGCUUCAACAUUUCAUUCUCAAUGCGAUGGAAAAUCACCGACAUUGACGAUUGUUAAAGUUGUCAAAGAUAAUAAGAAUUAUAUAUUUGGUGGAUAUGCGACAGUUUCGUGGACUGAUCCUUUUCCUGCAAACUACUGGACAUCUGCUCCAGGUUCCUUUUUGUUUUCUCUUCGUAAUAAUGACGACAUCCGUCCAUUCAAGUCUUUGUUAACUAAUCGGAAUGAUGGGGGUGAUAUUUACCGAAGAAAUGAAUACGGACCAACAUUUGGGGGCGGCCAUGAUCUGUAUAUUUCAAACAACGCAGGAACCACCGCGUAUUCCUACACCGAUCUUGGCUACAGUUUCAAAACUCCACCUGGUUACACAUACAAACAAGCCAACACGAGAUCCCUCCUUGCAGGAAGCCAUUCUUUCACCCCUUCUGAGGUUGAAGUCCUGUAUUGAAUCUGGUUAACUUUUCGCUUCAUGUUUAAUCACGAUGUGCCGAAAUGUUUAUAGCAAGAGAACCACAGGCCAAGUUUAUUACAUCAAAAUAUCAUUGGGGAAGUAAUUAUUAUUUCACAUUAGAGAAAGGCUAUUAAGGGUAGAAUAAAGCAAGGCACAAAUGGAGGCAAAUAUAAGUCCAGUAUCCACGUCACAUGCAUGCAAUAAUUUGGCUUCGCCUAAAACGAAAAUGUCAAAUCCUAUAUUAUCGGUAUAUUUUAGAUUAUUUUUAACUGGUGUCUUGUGCGUCAUAUUUCUGCAUUCUGAAACGCGAAAUAUUUGAGUGUUUUUCUAAAUCUCAGCGGCCAGUUGCUGAAAAUAUCUUGUCUUUAGAUCUGUGAUGUUUAAAAUAUUGUAGUCAAAAUUUGGGUAAACUGAGUCAAAAUUUUGCGGAUAUAGCUUUGAUUAUAUUAGAGAGCUAAUGCAAGCGACUUUUUUCUUGUUUUAAAUUUU